AUGUCCCAAAGUUACAGAUCUACUAGAUCUUCUGCGAAAGAAACGCAAUCUUUUGAAAAAACCAUUAUUCAGGGUUUAGCUUCUGAUGGUGGUCUUUUCAUCCCCUCCGAGAUCCCAAGGGUGAGCCCCGAAACAUUAAAGCAGUGGUCUCAGCUGAGCUUUCAAGACCUGGCCUUCGAAAUCAUGAAGUUGUACAUCUCCAGCGAAGAAAUUCCAGAAACGGACUUGAAGGGCUUAAUUCAAAGAUCCUACUCUACUUUCCGCACUAACGAUGUCACUCCAUUGGCUAAAAAUGUUACUGGAAGCGGUGAGCACUUGCAUGUGCUAGAGCUCUUUCAUGGGCCAACGUAUGCUUUCAAGGAUGUGGCUUUGCAAUUUGUUGGUAAUCUGUUUGAAUUCUUUCUUCAAAGAGCCAACAAGGACUUGCCUCAAGACCAACGUAAGAAAAUCACUGUUGUAGGUGCCACUUCCGGUGACACAGGGAGUGCAGCUAUUUACGGUAUGAGGGGCAAGAAAGACGUUUCUGUUUUCAUCUUGUACCCAACCGGUAGAAUAUCUCCAAUUCAGGAAGAACAAAUGACAACUGUACCCGAUAAGAACGUUCAAACACUCUCUGUAAAGGGUACUUUUGACAACUGUCAGGAUAUUGUCAAGGCUAUUUUCGGCGACGUUGAAUUUAACAAAAAGCACAACAUCGGUGCUGUGAAUUCUAUAAACUGGGCGAGAAUCCUGGCACAAAUCACCUACUACUUCUAUGCUUACUUCCAAGCUACUAAAGAUGUUCAGAGCAAAGUCAAGUUUGUAGUGCCUAGCGGCAAUUUCGGCGACAUUCUAGCUGGUUACUACGCCAAGAAAAUGGGUCUCCCAGUCGAAAGGUUGGUCAUUGCCACAAAUUCCAAUGACAUUCUAGACAGAUUCAUGAAGACCGGUGUCUACGAAAGAUCCGACGAUGUGGCUGCUACUUUGUCACCUGCAAUGGACAUUCUCGUAUCUUCCAACUUUGAAAGAUUGUUGUGGUACUUGGCUCGUGAUGUGCUGGCCUCUAAUGAUGACCAGAAGGCCGGAGAAAUUUUGAAUCAAUGGUUUGUUCAGCUCAAAACCGAAGGCAAAUUCGAGGUUGAUCCUGCUGUCAUUAAGCAUGCGUUGAUCGACUUCGACUCUGAAAGGGUUUCAGACUCGGAAACCAAGGAUACUAUCAAGACUACUUACGAGACAUCCCAAAAUCCUAAGAACUACAUUUUGGACCCACACACUGCCGUCGGUGUAUGCGCUACAAAGAGACAAAUGGUCAAAGACAACGACAAAUCUAUUCAAUACAUUUCUUUGUCCACCGCACACCCCGCCAAGUUCGCUGAAGCUGUGAAUGAUGCUUUGUGCUCCUUUGAAGGAUACUCGUUUGAGAGGGAUGUCUUGCCCGAUGAGUUGCAAAAGCUCUCUACCCUGGAAAAGAAAUUGAAAUUUGUUGAAAAGGCUGAUAUCGAGCUUGUGAAAGCCACCAUCGAAGAGGAACUGGCUAAGAUGGGGUUACUGUAG